AUGGCAGAAGAAGAACAACAAGGAGAAUACACUCUUGUGACUGAGUCAGGUGAGACUUUAAAGAAGUCAUAUGGUUAUACUGGUAGGGCUACAGCUACCUAUCCAAACGGUGAUGUUUACGAAGGUCCAUUCGUUAAUGGGCAAAGACAUGGCGAUGAGGGAGUCUAUAGAUAUAACAACAUCAAGAAAGAGGGAGGCAGUGAAGACCAAGAAAAAGACAACUAUAGAGGUUAAUGGGUUGAAAACCUGAAGCAUGGCAUAGGUAAAAUGGUCUAUGUUGGUAAGGGAACCUAUUACGGUUACUGGGAAAAUAACCUUAGAAACGGCGAGGGAGUCAUGACUUAUGUAAACUAAGAUGUCUAUUCAGGUAACUGGAAAGAUGGGCAAAAGCAUGGACAAGGAACUUACGUAUUCUUUGAAACUGGAAUGAAGUUCGUUGGAAAGUGGAGCAGUGGCCAAAUUUCACAAGGAGAGUGGAAAUAUCCCAAUGGCACUAUGUUCACUGGCAAGUUUGAUAAUAAUAAGCCAAAAGGAAAGGGAAAGUGGCAAUUUGAGAACGGAAAUGUAGUUGAAGGUGAAUACAGUCAAACCAAGAGAGCUGAUGUUGAUGUAGGUGAUGAUAUUAGACUCGCAUGGAAAACUACCUCUGAUAUCACAAAAGCCCCAGCUGAAUGA